GACCAAUUCCUUUCCCGUGUCACUAUAUAAUCCUCUAUCGGGGUUCUGGCGAAAGUACAGGGUCUCAUAAAACCACAAGCAUUGGAUUCAAUCAAUAUGUCUCAAUCAAAGGUCGGAAACUCUCAAGUCUACGAGGCUGGAGACCAGCGCAAUUACAAAAAUGAAGAACUUAAUGAGUCUGAUCGGUACAAUGAGGGCAAGGAAAACUCGCAUAAGCUCAAUGAUUCUAAAGACGAGCGGAGCAUUGCCAACAAGCUCGCCGCAGCCCAGAAGUUCCAAGAUCAAGACGAACCAAAGAGUCUAGAGAAGCAGCGACUGGACAAGGAUGCAACUCUGCCAGCCAGAGCACACGGCAACGAGCCCAGUAAAGGAGCAAAGAUUGACCAGGAAUUGAGGGAAGAGGAAGAGGCAGAGCUAGCGCGGAAGGGUAAGAAGUAAAAUUUUCUUCUGUGGGCAUCACGUUUUUGGUGUUUCCGAAUAGAUUUGUACAAACAUCAUUAGAUGGAUAUGGCGCUCAUAUGCAAAUGGAGCAUGAAAAAUAUGCCUCACAUCUCUCUCUUCAUGGCCAGACCUUGGCGAUUUGCAAUCCCGUGACGAGUGCAAAUUGCUACGAUGGCGGCUUCAGAUAGUCGGCGAUUGCUUUAACUGCAUCCGCAAAUCUUGAAGCCUCGAUAAGUAUCAAG